AUGACUACCAAUUCAAGUACAGAUCUGAUUGAUCAAUUAUCACCAACACUUGCUCUUGAUAUUGCAAUGAAAGAAAUUGAUCAAAAUGGACAUGAUGAUGAACGUAUGGUUCUUGUAUUCAAUGCACUUGAUCAAAUUAUUCCUCAAUUAGGUGUCUUUUCUCCUAUUACAUCCAAACUUCGUAAUGAACUUUUCGAUUUUAUCUAUAGUAAUCAAUUUACCGUUGAACAAUGUCAUAAUAAAACAUUGAAAAAACGUAAACGUAUUGCUUGUAUUGAACGAUUAUCUUAUAAAGUUCUUUGUAAUCGACUUAUUGAUCAACAUCAUGAACAAUUAAAUGCAUAUGAAAAUAGGACAGCUGAUAUGGAAACAAAUUUGGCUGGAAAAAAUCGUGAUUUAAAUCAAGCACGUGAAAAACUUGAACAAAUAGAUAAUGCUAAACAAAAAUUAAUGGAUGAAUUAGCAACUUUGAGAAAGACAUUAAAUGAAAAAGAUAAUGAAAUACAAAAUUUAAGAGAAGAAUGUGAACGAAUUCGUUUUAAUAGUGAACAAGAAAUUAAUAAAACACGGUUGCAAGUGAAAGAAAUAAUAGAAAAUCAAGCAGCUACUGAAGCAUUAGUAGAUGAAUUAUCAAAAUAUAAACAAGGUUAUGAUGAAAUGCAAGAAGCUUUUGCGGAUAAUUUAACUCGAGCACAACCUGCAAAAAAACGAACCAAUCAAACAGAAAAUCCAGAUGAACCAUAUGUUGAUGUUAAAAAUCAAACAAUGUUGGAUAUUCAAGUAGCUCUACGAUUAGAAGAUCAAAUGUUAACAUUACUUAAUAUGACAACUGAAGAAUAUGAUCAAAUAUUGGAUGAUGAACAUACAAAAUUACUUCAAACUCAACAAUUUCCAUCUGAAUGUCAUUUUAUUCGGAAUAAUAUUACAGCUGAAAAAUUACGAUAUGGACAAACAAUAAAAGAAAUUCGAGAAGAACUUGAUAUAACACAACGUCAUAGACGUGGUUUAGAAGAAAAAUUAGAAAUGAUUGUUAUUAAAGAAAAUGAAGAACUUAAAAAUCGUAAAGUAAAAACAAUAUUUGCAGCAAAUGAAGCCGCACAAUUGGCAGGAAAAAUAUCUAAUCCUUUACAUGGUCUUGAACAUGCAUUUGAAUCAGCUGGUCGUAAAAGUGAUCUUAUUGGAUAUGCACCACAAGAACGUGUUCUUUCUCGUUUUUCUUAUAUGCUUGCAUCAUCAAAUAAUGGACGAGCAUGGACAGAUUUUGAUUUAGCUUCCUAUUGUGAUAGCUGUGCUGAUAAAACUUAUUUGUGUCCACAUAAAUUUGCUGAAGCUCAAGUAAUUGUUCAAGUACCAGAUGGUACAAAAUAUAUUCGAAUUUCUCGUCCAACAUUGAAAUAUAAUGAAGCACUCAUUAAAAGUGUAAUGAUUGACAAUCAAACGCUAUUUGAUCAAAUGCUUCCACCUAUAUAUCAACAAAAUACUGCAAGUAUUAUGCGAACUAAUUAUCCUGGAUAUUUUAAUACUAAUCAAGAACCUCAAAGACGUGCAACUGGCUCAGAUAUUCAAUUGGAUGUUGGACCUCUCAUUCAUACAUUUGAUCGAGUAUGGGCAGAUUAUAAAAAACGUACAAAUAUAGAACGUCAUGUACCACGACCAUUUUCAUUAGAACGACUUUUUACCUUGAUUACAGAAAUUAUUGCUUAUGAAUGUUAUUGUGAUAGUCAUUUAUUAACUGUAACAGGAAAUAUUGUGGAUGAUAUUUAUGAAUUUUUUAAUAAACGAUAUUCAACAAUUGAUGAAAUAACUUAUUAUGCUGUAUACGAUUUAUUCACUUCAUUAAUUGCAUAUAAACAUGAAUUUAAGUUUCUUGAAUUAUUUACACAUGUUUUAAUUGGAAAUAUUGAUUUAGCUUGUAUUUAUUAUAUAACUAUUCUCGGUGAUACUCUUGAUAAAAUCGAAUGGAAUGAAACAGAUGAUAUUCGAGUAUUUUUUAAUACUAUUUAUCCAUUUCUUGAUGAUGAAGGAUUGGAUACAGUUGUUAUUGAUUUUAUAUCAUAUACAGAAAAUAAAAUAAGUCGAUCUCUUGUUAUUGAAUUUAUUAUAACAUUAUUACUUAAAGGCAAAGAACCACUACUUCAAGAAAUGCAGUAUAAACUUUCAGUUCAAUUAACACAAAAUUUUGAUAUGAUGAACGAGCUUGAAUUUCAUACUGCAAUUGAAAAUAUUGCUUAUACAGCUGAUGAACGUUUUGUUUCAAGAUUUUUUCAUCGAGCUGAACGUCAUUCACAUUGGAAUAAUUUACAAGGUUUUGUUUUAAUGACGAAAUUAGCCGAUAUAGCUGCAUUCUUUUAUUUUACCCAAUUGAUUGAAGAACUAAAAGAACCUUUGAAUGAAAAAAUUCAUAAAGAAUAUAAUUUACGAAAAAACUAUGAUGGUAUAGAUCGUGAAGGUCGAGCUGGAAAACAAAUUCUUGAGGAACAUGCGGAUUUACUUAAACAUUCCAAACUGAAAUCUUUAGGAAAUAUUCUAUAUGAAUCAAAUAUUGAACAGCCACCCGACGAAAGAAAAAAUCUCAACGCAUCAGCAAGUCUUGAAAAUGAAAAUAUCUCACCAUCAUAA